GUCACUGCAGACAGUGCGCUCAGUGUCAGUGUGUCACUGUCAGUAAUUCACUGUUUUCACCGAAACUGCACAUCCCUAAGUGGGACUUGACCCAAAGGAUCGUCCAAAAACAGCUUUCUCAACCCGGGAUCAACAUUAUCAAUUUACAGUGUUACCUCAAGGUGUUACAAAUGGUCCACCAGCAUUUCAACGCAUCGUUAGUCAAAUACUUGGACCUACAAGAUGGCAAUAUUUAUUAGCUUAUCUCGAUGAGGUUAUAAUAUAUUCACCAACAUUUGAUCAACAUCUUAUUCAUCUUGAUGAUAUUCUUUAUCGAUUAAACAUUGCAAAUUUUCGUCUCAUUGCAAAUAAAUGUCAAAUAGCAAAAACAGCCAUCGAUUUUCUUGUAAAAACUCAACAGCCCACAACAGCAAAAGAAGCUUUUCGAUUUGUCAAAGCGGCUGAAUAUUAUCGUAAAUUUAUACCAGAAUUUUCUACUAUUGCACAACCCCUAUAUAAAUACGCACCUACUACAAAAGAACAACGAUCACAAAAAUCACAAUCGACUCUCAUUACUUUAUCGGAUGAUGAACUGCAUGCAUUUAAUGAAUUAAAACGAAUAUUAACGCAUGACUUAGUAUUACGUAUUCCAGAUUAA